AUGAGAAGUGAGGAGAAGCAAGGAGAAGCAAGGGUAGCAGCUGCAGCUGCCCAAACUCCACACCUAAGACCUCACCCCCUGCCCCAUCUUCUCUUUCUUCCACUCCCUCCCCCAACAUCCCAACCAUCCCUUUUCCUGGUCCCCACUAUAGAAAAUGGUGAAGGAAACAACUAUUAUGAUGUUUGGAGAGUAAAACUUAAUGCCUCCCAGGAAGAACUAAAAAAGGCAUAUAGAAAACUAGCCUUGAAAUAUCACUCAGAUAAGAAUCCUAAUGAAGGAGAAAAGUUCAAACAGAUUUCUCAAGCUUACAAAGGGCUUUCUGAUGCAAAGAAGAGAGACUUAUAUGACAAAGGUGGAGAACAAGCCAUAAAAGAGGGCAGUUCUGAUGGUGGUUUUGGUUCUCCAAUGGAUAUCUUUGAUAUGUUUUUUGGAGAAGGUGGAAGAAUGCAAAAGGAACAUAGAGGUAGAAAUAUUGUCAAACAUGGAGAUAUCAAAUAUGUACUGAAUGAAGGCAUGCCUAUUUAUGGCUGAUCUUAUGAGAAAAGAAUUCUAAUAAUUGAAUUUAAGGUAAACUUCCCAGAGAAUGGCUUUCUUUCAUCAGAUAAGCUAUCUUUAUUGGAAAAGUUACUGCCUGAAAGAAAGGAAGUAGAGGAGACUGAGGAAAUGGAUCAGGUAGAACUGGUGGACUUUGACUCAUCUCAGGAAAGAAGGUGUCAUUAUAAUGAGGAAGCUUAUGAGGAUGAUGAGGUGGUGUUCAGUGUCAAACCUCUUAAUGGGGGGCCAAUGAAUACUCUUCACUGUAACAUUUCUUUUGGAUGUAAUAGUGAAUGA